UUGUGUUGGAGGGAAAGAGAUGAAAUGUGACACGUGGAGGGAGCUAAUUGGUGGAGUAUGGAUAGAAGCAUAUCCAAGUUAGAUGGCUUGUGUUGGUUCGGGGAGAUUUGUUAUCCACCACAUAUUUUAGUCGCUAUGUUUGAUCCAAAAGCCAACACAAGCAAAGAAAUUAAAAGUGUUCUUGUUGCUAUAGAACACAAAACAGAACAAACACAAAUCAAUUGAAGAGUCUCUCAGUUGUUAGGGGAAGCAAAUAGAGAAAUGGCUAGCUUUACUGCCUCCGCUUCCACCGUCUCCGCCGCUCGUCCGGCUAUCCUUCUCAAGCCUACCGUCGCCGUAUCCGCUCCUGUUCUUGGUUUGCCUCCAAUGGGUAAGAAGAAGGGAGGAGUGAGAUGCUCAAUGGAGACAAAGCAAGGAAACGUCUCAGCCAUGGGGGCUGGAGUUUCAGCAGCAGCAACAGCUGCUUUGACAGCGGUGAUGAGCAAUCCCGCGAUGGCUUUGGUUGAUGAAAGGAUGUCGACAGAAGGAACAGGGUUACCUUUUGGCCUAAGCAACAAUCUCUUGGGUUGGAUUCUGUUUGGAGUCUUUGGUUUGAUCUGGACUUUCUUCUUCGUCUACACUUCAUCUCUCGAGGAGGAUGAAGAGUCUGGUCUUUCACUCUGAAGAAUCAAAUCUUCUUCUUCUCAUUUCCAUUUUCAUGUGAGAACAUGAAUUAAAAAGUGUCCGUUUCUAGUUUCUUGUAAUUGUUAAGUAAAGACUAAAACUAUUUUCAUGUGUGUUUCCUCUCAUUCUCUUUAUCUUAUCACAAAUGUGAUUAUUAA